AUGAGCCCCUCUGCGCCGCAUGACCUCGAGUUCAGUACCGACGGCAUCCACAUGAGCACCGACCGCGCAUCUGUACACUCUACAGACGAAAACGUCCAAGAACCCGGGGGCGGAAUAAUAGAGGUCGAUCUCGAGCCGACCGUGCGAACACGGCUGUUGAAUCACACAGCGUCUAGCGGUGGGGAAGAGAACGGCAGCCCUGGCGCCAUGUCGCCGCGACCAGCAUCGGGUCGGAGCUAUGGGAGCUUCAACACCGACAACGGCUUCGGCGGACGCUUUCCAGGCUCAAUAGACCCUCAUACAGGAGAAGAGGCGGAUGCGACACAUGCGCUCUUGGGCGAUGCAUUCGCCGAUGGCGUAUUGGGCCGUGGCCGUGGGCAGAAGAGCACAACACAGUAUCUGGCCGAAAGGCACGGUGUCAAGAAUAGGAAGCUGAUGUGA